AUAAGAAUUAUGUAGAGAAGCCCUCGUAUUUGUGGCCUCCCCUCCUCCUCCGAAGAGAGAGAAGGGAAUCUCUCCUCUUCUCUUCUCUUCUCGCGCCGCCGCCGUGUCCAGUGCCCAAGAUGUGGGGCAGCGCCGACGGCGGCACGCCGGAGGUCACCCUGGAGACAUCCAUGGGCGCCUUCACCAUCGAGAUGUACUACAAGCACGCGCCCAAGACCUGCAGGAACUUCCUCGAGCUCUCGCGCCGCGGCUACUACGACAACGUCAUCUUCCAUCGCAUCAUCAAGGAUUUCAUCGUGCAAGGUGGGGAUCCUACUGGCACCGGAAGAGGCGGCGAAUCCAUCUACGGAGCAAAGUUCGAGGAUGAGAUUAGGCCAGAACUGAAGCACACCGGCGCUGGAAUUCUGUCGAUGGCCAACGCUGGUCCAAAUACAAAUGGAAGCCAGUUCUUUAUUACUCUUGCGCCUUGUCAGUCACUUGAUGGAAAGCAUACAAUUUUUGGGAGAGUAUCAAAAGGAAUGGAAAUUGUCAAGCGCCUUGGAAGUGUCCAGACAGACAAAAGUGAUAGGCCCAUCCAUGAAGUGAAAAUCCUGCGGACUGUGGUCAAAGAUUGAGGCACAGCGGGUCUACUCGGUGUCACUCAUGACUUCUGGUAUUUGGAGUUGUAGCUGCUGUCAGUUUCAGGAAUUGUUUCCUGCUUGUUCCGUGCUUAUGCAGUGGUGUAUCGUUUCGGAUGGGCUAGUUUAGUUAUUAACAACUCAUGAAUCGUGAUCCGUCUUAAUUAUUCUCACCUGAACGAGUAGUGUUCAGUGAUUAUCAGUGGAAAUAACUUUCGAAAUAUAUGAAGUCAUUUUGAGCGCAUGAUGUAAUUCAGCUGAUAUUCAGCAUGUUACAUGCUGUACCAAC